GCUGGAAGGGAGGCUUCCUAAGAUGGUCGCUCCGGGUGUCAGGGCCCUAGGCAGCUCCACUUCACCCACAAUCUUUGAGAUACCGGGGGGACGCAGUCAGCGAAAAGCGAGCCCGAGCUGGGCCAGGUUUGCUGGGAGACCAGGCGCGAUGGAGACCGGAGAAGGAAAGGAACUCUUUCUGAAACAAAGGCAAGUCUUGAUAUUCUUUGUUUUGCUGGGCGUAGCUCAGGCUGGUUCGGAGCCUAGACACUACUCAGUGGCCGAGGAAAUGGAGAGUGGCUCCUUUGUGGCCAAUUUGUUAAAAGACCUAGGGUUAGAGGUAGAGGAGCUAGCUGCGCGGGGGGCCCGGGUCAUUAACAAAGGGAAAAAAAUGCAUUUACAGCUUGAUAGGCACACCGGAGAUUUGUUAUUAAAUGAGAAACUGGACCGAGAGGAGCUGUGCGGCCCUACGGAGCCCUGCAUACUACCUUUCCAGGUGUUACUGGAAAAUCCCUUGCAGUUUUUUCAGGCUGAGCUACAGAUUAGGGACAUAAAUGACCAUCCCCCGGUUUUCCUAGAUCAAGAAAUAAUUUUGAAAAUUUCAGAAAGUAUCACUCCCGGAACUACUUUCUUAAUAGAACGUGCCCAGGACUUGGAUGUAGGAAGUAACACUCUCCAAAGUUACAUAAUCAGCCCCAAUUCCCACUUUCAUCUUAAAUUACAAGACAGUCCUGACGGCAUAAUACCACAGUUGGUGCUGGACAAACCACUAGAUCGGGAGGAACAGUCAGAGAUCAGGUUAACCCUCACGGCGCUGGAUGGCGGGACUCCACCUAGGUCUGGUGCCGCCCUGGUCCGCAUUGAAGUCUUGGACAGCAAUGAUAAUGCCCCACAGUUUGCAAAGCUACUCUACGAAGUGCAGGUCCUAGAAAACAGUCCCAUUGGAUCCCAGGUUGCCAUUGUCUCUGCCAGGGAUUUAGACAUCGGUGUCAAUGGGGAAAUAUCUUAUGCCUUUUCCCAAGCCUCUGAAGACAUUCGCAAAACUUUUCGAAUAAAUGCAAAAUCGGGAGAACUCCUUCUAACAAAGAACCUGGAUUUUGAAUCCAUCCAGACUUACACAUUCAAUAUUCAGGCAACAGAUGGCGGGGGCCUUUCUGGAAGUUGUGCAGUCUUUGUGCAAGUGUUGGAUUUGAAUGACAACCCCCCGGAAUUGACCGUGUCAACACUUAACAAUGAGAUCUCAGAAAACUUGCAAGAGACCAUAAUUGCUGUAUUCAGUGUUUCAGAUCCUGACUCCGGGGACAAAGGAAGGAUGGUCUGUUCCAUCCAAGAUGAUCUUCCUUUCGUCCUUAAACCCUCUGUAGAGAAUUUUUACACCCUAGUGACAAAUACAGCGCUGGACCGAGAGCUAACAUCGGAGUACAACAUCACGAUCACGGUCACGGACUUGGGGACCCCCAGGCUGAGGACCCAGCACCACAUCACCGUGCUGGUGUCCGACGUGAACGACAACGCCCCCGCCUUCAGCCAGAGCGCCUACACGCUGCUGGUGCGCGAGAACAACAGCCCCGCGCUGCACAUCGGCAGCGUGCGCGCCACCGACGCCGACGCGGGCUCCAACGCGCAGCUCACCUACUCGCUGCUGCCCGCCGGCCGCGCGCACCCGCCGCCCGCCGCGCUCGUGGCCGUCAACGCCGACACCGGCCAGCUGUUCGCGCUGCGCUCGCUCGACUACGAGGCGCUGCGCGCCUUCGACUUCCUGGUGGGCGCCACGGACCGCGGCUCGCCCGCGCUCAGCGGCCAGGCGCGGGUGCGCGUCGUGGUGCAGGACGCCAACGACAACGCGCCCUCCGUGCUCUACCCGCCGCCCAACGCCUCGGCGCCCUGCCCCGAGCUGGUGCCGCGCGCGGCCGACGCGGGCUACCUGGUCACCAAGGUGGUGGCGGUGGACGGCGACGCGGGCCAGAACGCCUGGCUGUCGUUCCAGCUGCUCAGGGCCACGGAGCCCGGGCUGUUCGGCGUGUGGGCGCACAACGGCGAGGUGCGCACCGCCAGGCCGCUGGGCGAGCGCGACGCGCCCAAGCACCGGCUGGUCGUGCUGGUCAAGGACAACGGCGAGCCGCCGCUGUCGGCCAGCGUCACGCUGCACGUGCUGCUGGUCGACGGCUUCUCGCAGCCCUACCUGCCGCCGCCCGACGCGCCGCCGCCCGCCGCGCAGGCCGACCGCCUCACCGCGUCCCUGGUGGUGGCGCUGGCCGCCGUGUCGUCGCUCUUCCUCCUGUGCGCGCUCGCCUUCGCGGCCGCGCGCCUGUGCGGGAGGCGCGGGGCCGGCGCGCGCGCGGGCUCGCUGGGGCCCGACGGCCCCUUCCCGGGCCGCCUGGUGGACGUGGGCGGCGCCGGGACGCUGUCCCACAGCUACCAGUAUGAGGUGUGCCUGACGGGGGGCUCAGGGACCAACGAGUUCAAGUUCCUCAAACCCAUUCUCCCCAACUUCCUUGCUCAGGGUGAGGAGAGUGUUCAUGAAGCAAACCUGUUUCAGGGGUAGGUCUGAAGUCAGUUGAGUAUUAAUAAGGGCCUAAUGGAGUCCUGUCUCAGUUAAUUGGUGGAAAUUUCUUUUCUACUGCUUUGCUCAUUGGGGGUAUUUUUAUUAGAAAAGUCUCUUAUUCCAAUCCAUUACAUGUUAUUGGUGUUUCUAAAGUGUUGCUUUGUGAUAUGACAGUAAUUUUUUUGUAUUCUUACUGGUUUUUGCUGUAACUUAAUUCAAUUUAAAUUGUAAAAGUAUUUUGUUUUUAGGAAGUCUUUUCUUUUAAAGUAGAACGCCUUUUCUGAAAACCACCUUUUCCACUUCCUAGAUAAUUUUGCAGGUCAUAUUUCUAAAUGUUUCCUAAUUCAGGAUUAUUCUCCACCCUAGCUGUCCACACUCUGAAUAGUUUCUAUAUGCUCUUAGGCUAGUGUAAUUUUUGUUCUGUGAACUCACAUUGGAUAAAAUCACUAACAGGUAUAGUCAUGAAUAGCAAAGCAUGUACACACAUUGUUCUAAAUACAUACUUUAAGUGUAUUUGCAUGGAAAUUGUGAUAGUGAUUGUGAGAACCUUGACUGUUGGAUUCCACAAACCAUACACCUUAAAGGUGCUCAAUAAAUCAAUAUUACAGUGUAGUUAAAUAACUAGCACAUGUCCAGUCAUUUUCAAAGACAUACUAAUUUUUCAUGCUUUCUAUUUAAAAAUUUACAAAAUAUUUGCCUGUUUCUAUCCCUUCCCUUUAAAAACUACCUGUUUUAUUUAUGAAAAGUCACCUAUUAACUUUGAGCUCUUUAUUAAAAUCUAAAAGA